AUGGGUGAAGUUGUCAAUAUCACAUGUCCUAAUCCAUUCCAAUUACCCCCUAUGACUCCUGAUUCUUUCAGAAAAGCAUUUGAAAAUAUUCAUAAAAGAGAACGAAGUGGAAGUGGUUCUCGUAUUACAAGAAGACGUUCUUCAUUAUUACGAAAUCAAGAAAAUCCUUAUCGUGCACAACUAAAACAACCUCACACCCCUCGUUCAAAUGGCAUUAGUCCAAUGAAAAUUGUUCAAGAAAUACAUGAAGGAGAUGAUUUCUUUGAAAAUGGUUUAACUACUGUAAGAAGGAGAUUUGAUUCUUGUAACGCUAGAAUGAAUAGAACACCACUUCAAGAGUUUAGACUCCAACGUAAUGAAAGAUUCAAACCUAAUGACGUUGGUUCUGUUAAAUUAGAAGACCGAUAUAAUAAUAAUAUUUUUAAAGAAACAGCUAUUGUACACGAACCUUCAAAUGUUAAUAUUCCUAUUGUCCCUGUUCCUAUUAGAAGAAGUGAUACUGGUCAAGACCCUUUCGAGUUUGCUCCUUUAUUCAUUUUCGGAGAGCAGUCUCAUCAAUAA